ACCCUUUGCCUCUUACGUCAUUUGGUGUCUUCCAUCCCGCGUUUGGUGACGUAAUCACAAGUUUAUGCGUUAUUCAACGUCACUUGCCGCCGCCGUGUUCAUCUGCUUGCUCUGAGGCUGGAUUUUCGCUUCAGCAAGAUUAGUAAAUGGAAGCUGCGCCGGUGGUCAACAGCAACCCUGAUGAGACAGAGAGCAAAGAACAAGUGAAACGCUGGCUAGAAAAGAGCUUGAGCCUGUCCUGCGCCCUCUGCCUGGAGGUCUACCGGACACCUAAACUCCUCCCCUGCAGUCACACCUUCUGCGAGGAAUGCCUGGAAAAACUGAUAGACUUUUACCCAGAGCGCGUCUUCCCGUGCCCAUCCUGCCGCCAGGAAAUUGAAGUUCCCUUCAUCGGAGUGGCCGGCUUCAAGGCAAACUUCUACCUGGACCCCGCGGAGCUGGACAAGGUCCGCCGCCAGUGCUGGCUACACGAUGAUCAAGAGGUCACCGCCUUCUGCACCACUUGCGACCUCGGCGUCUGCACUCAGUGCCUGUGCACCACUCACGAAAAUCACUCCAUCGUGGACCUUGGCGAAAAGGAAUUAACGGAGAAGAAAACGAUGGCCUUUGAGCAUUCCAGCAAUGCGGUGUUGUCGAAGCCAAGGUGGUGGUCGUUAGCCAUGCCGAUGGGAAAGCUGUGGACAUCGUUGUCCAGGCCGGUAGCUGCCUGCCGGAGCUAUGGCAACCUUUUCUGGCCCCGUACUUCGCGCGUUACUCGCGUGAGACGAAGACCAGUAAAACGAGCGAAAAGGUGGCUUGUGUUUGGAGAUGCCAAACGUCUUUUCCGUCAGAUGAGUCUCUCCCUUCGCGCUCGAGCGAUGCACUUCUUUCGACAGAUGAUGUACCUGCGGAAAAGACUAGAGCUGCUCGUAGGCGACAUCGUGUACAGGGCGACACACGUCAGAGCUGAGGAAAACAACAGUGCAGGCUACAACUUUUACAAGUGGUGGGGGUGGGAUGGAGUGCGCCUGAAAUACCACAGAUCCAAAUUCUUUGAAUACGUUUACGGAAAUCUGGAAAUGGAAAUCUGCGAAUCCGAACAUGUGCUGACUACUUUAAUGUUUCAAUGUUCAAGAAACUAUUCGUCACGACUCAACAAGAGGAAGAAGACCCAUCGGCUUGCUGCGAGGCACAGAAACUAAUGAAAAGCUGGUAGCACGCAAGCACACACACUCAUGAACACUACGAAUGAAGAUGUUACAUCUACUAAUCUGAAUAACACAAAUAUAGAUGUAUCAUUUACAAAUACAUCUAUAACUAAAGGAACACAAAGCGAAAGUUAUCUUGAUUAGGUGAUUCUUUUUUUUUUUCUUCUUUCUGCCCUCUCUCCUCAAGGUUGUGAACUCUGUAAGUCCUGAACAAGCACGAUUACUUCCCUUGAAUAAGCAUCAGCUCAGUUUCAUCUUCGUAGUCCUUCCUUCGUGACAUCAGCUGAGGCAAUAUUUGUGAAUCAGUAGGAUCCGAUCAUUCUGUCUCUUUUUCUCUCUAUCACUGUGCUCUUGCAGUCAGAACCUUCCUAAUCGUUGUGUAACUUGCAGCUAGAAAAUGCCUGCUACUUUCCCACUUCAUUCCUAUUUUUAUCGUGGGUUGCUUGAAUUCUUUCAAUUUAUCAGCGCUAUUUGGCUAAUACUGACUGUGAGUAAAAAUUUGUUCUGUAA